AUGGAGCGAGAAGAUUGUAGGAAGCGAUGGAUCAAGCUGGAUAGUAAGAUCAAUAAGGGUCUUUGGAGCCAAGAGGAGAAUAAGCGCCUUCAUGAGGGCGUCGCAAAGUAUUCGACCGUGUGGACCGAGGUUGCUCAGGUAGUGGGAACUCGUCAACCAGAUCAAUGCGCCAAACGUUGGCAACACUUUCUGGACCCAGACCUGGAUCGCAGUGAAUGGACACCAGAGGAAGACAAUAUUCUCCUCGCAGAAGUUGAGAAGAGAGGUCGAAAUUGGGCACAGAUAGUCGACGAAGUGCUACACCGUAGGUCUGCCAACGAUGCCAAAAACCGUGGAAAUCCCUCCAGCUCAGGACAACGAGGAGAGGCCCGCGUGCUUAUCUCCACCACAGCCAAUUCAGAACUAGGGCACGAAGAUCUCCAUAUUGAUAGUGAUAUGUUUUCCCAAAGCGCGAACAGUGCUGGUAAACAACCAUCAAAUACAGCCAGCCCUUCUGAACUGCCACAUAAUGGUAGCACUCCCGAGAUACUGGGCGAGAUGGAGAUAGAGCACACAGGGUCGCUGGAGUCCUGGGUAGAUUACGUGAUGGGUACCGGUAUACUCAUGGGAACCGACUGCCCUACACCGGCGCUCUGUAACGACGAUAGCCGGAUAAAUACAGCUCAAAGUGAAGAGCGCAAAAUGCAACUUGACGCUAUUACUAGAACUACUACUACUACUACUACCACAUCCAAUACUAUAACGACUGAUCCAAGGCUUACAGUUGAUGAAUUGCAAACAAGCCUUGAUUGGGACUGGGAUCAAGUUCCAGAUAUGGAUUUGACGCCGCCAGAUCGGGAAUCUAUCCAGAGCAGAACCAUGAUUCUCCAGCAGAUGCAGCCGGAGCAAAUCUCACGAGUCAUGGAUUUCCUACUCUCAUGGAACACGCCCAUUGACGUGAAGAUUGUAAACCGGGAGUGA